AUGACACGUCUAGUUUUGUCAGGGGGAAAUAUAAGGAAUGUCUGCAAUGUUUAUAUCAGCGGAGGCAGGAAUAUUGCAGUUAAACAACCUGCCAUACAAGACAGUACGUAUAAUAGAAUUUCUGCUGCUUCUAAUGCUGUAGAUGGUAAUAGAACAAGUGAUUGGAGCUAUAAAUCAUGUAUGCAUACCGCCAUACAGACAUCAUACGGAACACUUCAUUACUGGGCAGUUAAUUUCACUGGUGAAGCAUACAAUGUCAACAGAUAUGUUUUAUACAGUAGGUGGGAUUUUAAGACUGAUCCUUUACCUUGCUGUCCUGAAAGAAUCAGUGGGUUUACACUAACAAGUUGGGACAACAAAGGUGACCAAGUGUUCACAUACACGGCUCCUAAGGCACUGGCACUAGUCCACACUGUUGUAUCUGGAUCACGUGAUGUUGCUCGGGUCAACGUCACAUUGGAUGUAGACUAUUUAAUUUUUUGUGAGGCCGAGAUUUAUGGAGUCAACAUAUGCCCAAAGAACACAUACGGCCUAGACUGCACUAAAGAAUGUAACUGUGUCAACAAUGAACAAUGUCACGUGGACACUGGUACCUGUCCAUAUGGCUGUGCUCCAGGAUACACAUUUGAAGGAUGCCAGUCUGACUGUAUUGAAGGUACAUGGGGUGUUGACUGCCAAAACUCUUGUAGUGUGAACUGCUCUAACAAAGACAGCUGUAACCAUAAGGACGGCACGUGUGAUGAAGGUUGUAUUACAGGGUCUAAACCCCCGCUCUGUACUGAAGUUUAUGAAACAGGGGCGAAUACAAUUUUUGGUAAUUAUAGCAAAUGG